AUAACAUAUACAAUAAUGGCAGCUUCGGCUCUUUCUUCUUCUCUGAGUCUCUUUAUAUCUACUCGAACCAGACCCACGUCUAGUUCAUCCAUUUCUCCGAGAAACUCGAGGAGGUUGACAGUCUCUGCUUUUCCAUCCCCUUAUGGAGAUUCUUCUACAAUGGGGUUAUCUAGUAGAACUUCUGGUCUAUCCUUGGAGAUCAACAAGAAGGGUUUCCAUGAGUCCGAUCCAAGCCAUGAUGCAAUACAAGCUAAAACGGGGAAUCCACCUGUGAUGCCAGCAGAAAUGACUCCGGGAGGGCCUUUGGACCUUUCAACUGUGUUAUUCCGGAAUCUUAUCAUCUUUAUUGGUCAACCAGUCAAUUCACAGGUUGCUCAAAGAGUUAUAUCACAGCUUGUGACUCUGGCCGCUAUUAACGAGGAUGCGGAUAUUCUGGUGUAUUUGAACUGCCCCGGUGGAAGCACCUAUUCGGUGUUGGCAAUUUAUGAUGGCAUGUCUUGGAUAAAGCCAAAGGUGGGCACAGUUUGUUUCGGAGUAGCUGCAAGCCAAGGAGCACUCCUCCUUGCUGGUGGAGAGAAGGGGAUGCGUUAUGCAAUGCCAAAUGCACGCAUAAUGAUACACCAACCGCAAAGUGGAUGUGGGGGCAAUGUUGAAGAUGUCCGACGUCAAGUGAAUGAAGCAGUUCAAUCUCGCCAUAAAAUCGACAAAAUGUACGCAGCUUUCACCGGCCAACCACUCGAGAAAGUGCAACAAUACACAGAGAGGGACCGCUUCUUAUCCGUAUCCGAGGCUUUGGAGUUUGGACUCAUAGAUGGUGUGCUUGAAACAGAAUAUUGAACUCAGUUUGGGGUUCGAGUCAUCCAUUGCUAUGCUCUGCAAAUUCUAGACCUUACUUUCAUGGUUAGUGGAG